GACGUUAUCCCUUAUGUAUAAAUUUGUGGGCUGUCUGUGUCUCCUCCAUCACACUAAUUGUCCAGCAUCAGUUUCUUGUGAUAUCCUGCGAGAAAAAUGUCGUAUCAUCAACUCCCACCACCAGACACCAUUCUUCUUGCUCCUUCCCAUCCUAUAUCAUCAAGAUGGUGGUCGAAGGAGACAGUAGCGAUAGUUACCGGAGCGAACAAGGGCAUCGGGUUUGCGCUCGUUAGACGGCUGGCGGAGGAAGGGGUGACGGUGGUGCUGACGGCCAGGGACACCGGCAGGGGUGUGGAAGCAGCUGAAUCAUUGAGGAGGGAAGGGCUGCAGAAUGUUCAUUUCUUUCAGCUGGAUGUUGCCAAUCCUAAUUCCAUCAACACAUUUGCUGCAUGGUUUCAAGAGGCUUUUGGAGUGGUGGAUAUAUUAAUAAACAACGCGGCCGUAUCAUUUAAUGAGAUACAUGAGAAUUCGGUGGCGGAGGCGGAGACGGUGAUCAGAACCAACUUCUACGGCCCAAAAAUGCUGACUGAGGCGCUGUUGCCGCUGUUCCGCCGCUCAUCUACCGGCGCUCGAAUUCUUAAUAUUAGCUCAAGGCUUGGAUUAUUAAAUAAGCUGAAGAACCCUAAAUUAAAAGAAAUGCUUCUUGAUGAAGAAAACCUGUCAGAAGAGCAAAUAGAGGGGAUGGUGAAUUUAUUUCUUGAAAAUGUGAAGAACGGGACAUGGAAAAGCCAAGGAUGGCCCCAUGUCUGGACUGAUUAUGCUGUCUCUAAAUUGGCCCUAAAUGCUUACUCUAGGGUUUUGGCCAGACGUUUCAAAACUCAUGGCCUCACUGUUAAUUGUUUCUGCCCUGGCUUCACUCAAACCUCCAUGACUGGCGGCAAGGGCAACCACACCGCCGAUGCUGCCGCUACCGUCGGUGCCCGCCUGGUGUUGCUUCCGGCUGAGGAGCUCUCCACCGGGAAGUUCUACGUAGUAGGAUCUAGCAAUGCCUUCUAUUCAAAAUUGUAAUUAAAGUUUUUAUAUUCCUUUUUUUUGUUUUUUUUUUUAGUAUUUUGUGUUGUGUUUUCGAUGGUGGUGUAGUGAAUAUGACAAUCUCAUUUAAUUUGCAAUGAAAUGAGAUUAAAUCCGUACCUGCUUUGGGGUAUAGUUUUAGAUUACGUUUGGAUCGAUGGAUUUGAAUUUAAAAGGAGCAUUGGAGAAAGGAUAUCAAAUGAUGGCAUAUUAUAGACAUUAAAGUUGAAUUUGCAAAUUUAAAUUUAUAUGAUAUAAUUCAUAGUUAUGGAAAUGAGAUG